CAAUAGCUUAUCUCUCUCUCUCUCUCUCUCUCUCUCUCUCUCUCUCUUAGAAUUCUUUUCAACCAAGUUAUGGCUGAAGAAGGCUCUGAAGUCUCUGUUGCAACCCCUUCUUCCACUCCAAAUUGGUGGGAGCUCCAUGCUCAUCACCACCACCCUCUAUCUUCAUGGAACAACAAUACCACUCCAUGGCAACCCAUGAACCCUAACUCCAACUCUUCAUGUGAGGAGGACAUCUCAAUCUCACCUUCAUUCACCAAUGCUUCCAAUCAAUCUGGCAUAAGUGUUGAUUCAUCUCGCCAACUUGUGGAAACAGCUUCAUCUUCAAGUGAAGUACUCAUGGGAGAACCUUCAUCAGAUAAUCAACUUUGGAGUGAAGUUUUAUUAAGCAUUGGAAACAGUGGAGAGUUACAGAACAGUCAAGAUGUAGGUGACAACGUUCUUGAAGUGCUGUCAUCAAAGAAUCUAUCGAGAGAGAUGUUCGAACCGGCCUUCGAUUACUUGAAGAAAAUGGAUAAUUGUUGGGAGCUCACCAAUUCACCAUCUUUAAACAACUUGGAGAAACAAUUUAAUGGUUAUAAUGGAAGCUUGUUGGAAAACCAAAGACUGAACUACAACUUGUCUAAUUUAUCCUUGAACAAUUCUUCCAUGGGCCAGUAUCAAGAACCAGAUUAUCCUCAGAUGAAGCAGAACUUUCCCAAUUCAUCCUUAAACUUUGUGGCAGGGAAUAAUAGAAGUUCUGCUUUCUUGCCAUGUUAUGGUCAAGAUUUAAAAGUGGAAAGCCAACAAGAGAUUGAAUCCUUUAGGGCUUCAUUUCAAGGGCCAUUUAACGGUAAUGGUUGUGUUGGAUAUCAAAUGGGUCCUAAAAACAACUCAGUUAUGAGAGAGAACAACAAAUAUUACUAUGGGAUUUCUAAUGCACCGUUGUCUGGUACAAGGAACCUCUCAUCUUUCACUGGCUCUUUAAAUAAGCCACUAGUGGGUUUUCAGGCCUCUAAAGCUUGUAUAAAACCCUUGAAUUCGCCGAAAAGUGAGAAGCAAGGGAAUGACUCAUCUUCACUGGCAAAGGGGAACGGAAGAGGAACUGGAAUUACAAAUGAUGGGAAGAAGAAAAGAACUGAUGAUACUUCAGAUGCUCCCUUUAAAAAACCUAAGCAAGAGAGCUCCACAACCUCAUCCGCCAAGACACAGGUUCCUAAAGUUAAGUUGGGAGAUAAGAUCACUGCACUCCAACAAAUUGUGUCACCUUUUGGGAAGACUGAUACUGCAUCUGUCCUGUGGGAGGCUAUUGGAUAUAUAAAGUUUCUCCAAGAGCAAGUGCAGCUAUUGAGUGACCCAUACAUGAAAACAAACAAGGACCCAUGGGGAAGCUUGGAGAGGAAAGAUAAAGGAGAUCCAAAGAUGGAUUUGAACAGUAGAGGUCUUUGUUUAGUUCCUAUUUCCUGUACUCCUCAAGUUUAUCGCGAAAACACUGGAUCAGAUUACUGGACACCAACUUACAGAGGAUGUUUAUACAGAUGAAUAAAAAAAAAUAUGUAUUAUCAGAUAUAUAUGUGUUUGUUCUGAAAAUCUGAUUAAUAUAAAUAAAUAGGAUAUGGGAAUGAUUAAAGGACAAUGCAUCUCAUCACAACAUGCUAGAUGAUUCACAUUCCUAUAUUUAGGGUUCAUGUGUAGUUGUAAAACUAUAAUAAUUGAAAGCU